GCUUACUGGGUCAUCAAGAGGCCGUCGAGUAGGGCAACCUUGGCCGGAUCUAAUUCUGUAGCUCCAUGAAGAUUUGGUGGACCACGGCGUCGAGGACUUUAUGCAGGAUGACAGUCUCAUCGAGGAGGUCGUUGGAGAAGGCGUCGAAGGACAGGGGAUCAAGCUCGAGUAGGAUGACCGCAUACGGUCGAGUUGGCCGAAGAGGCGCUCUGGCUCAUGCAGCUUAGACCCGACGCAGCCGGAUCUUCUCAAGCGCGGGAACACUGUCUAAGCGCGCUCAAUAAUGGCCAAUUAGCAUAAAACCAACUUUAGAAAUUCUAGGGUUCUUUGCCAGCCCUUUUCGUGGAAGCUAGAAUCCGAUAUGACGUGCGCCGGCGGCGAGGGCUUCGCAGGGGCCAUAAACUUCCACCCUUCUGGUGAGUCCCCCGCCAUAGAUCUCACCGGUCGCGUCCAUCUCCUCCCCUGUUCCAUCAAGCAGGAUGGCCCUUGCCCCGUGUCCCACUACUUCAAGCCCAGAAAGACAGAUGUUAUGGUGGAUGAUCUGCGCGUCGAAGAGGCGUUCUUCCGAGGGAGGAAGUUGGAGGGCGUCACCAUUCCUCUUCCUCAAGGAUAUCGAGGUUAUGUUCUAGACAAGAAAAGAUCGGGAAGUGAAAAGUGCUCAGAAACUACCGGAGGGGGAUUUGGCCGGUGGGUUUCCCGUGCUGAGUUCACGAACUUGACAUACUGGAAUCAUGACAACCUCCCGUCGUCAGACGAUCUGCUCCCACGUUGCUUCCACUGGUUUCCUGUUGCUAAUGCACUGCACAAGCCGGUCACCGAAGAAGAGCUGGCUUCUGCAACAUCUGUUCAGACUACAGCACAGAAAUGAUUGCAUUUGUGGCUUGAGGUCCAUGGAGAUAUGUGAAGGAUGAUGUGGAGCAACUAAGAGAUGGCAGGACAAGGAGCAUCUGAGAGGAGCCAAGGGAAGCGAACUUUAAAGGUAAAGGUAUGAAGGAUAGCACAAAAAGGAGCCCUGAGAUCGAAUGCAUCCGAAGGACGUGGAGUUUGAAAGAAGAUGAUUUCAAGGUUAAAGUAAAAUUCUAUGGGAGUUGCAUCGAAAGAUUGUAUCUAGGUGAGGGUAGAAUUUCAACAUAGGUGGACUCGACCUUAGAAUGGUUGAAGCUAGUGUAUUAGUCGAUUGAUACAAAAUAUAUGUCGAUUAGUGAAACUUUAAAUG